GAAUAUCUGAUUUUAUGUUCUGUAUAUACUGUUUAGUUCUUUUGUUUUUUCAUAUAUAUAUUAUAUAUGUGCAGCUAUGAAUAAGAAGAUCGUUCUGCUUGAAAAUCACACAAUUUCAGCAGUGACAUAAAAAGAAACAACAUUAUUGCCGGUGUGAUUGCAGUCAGAGGAGCAUCUUGUGACUGCCUGUGUGGAGUUGUAGUUUGUAAGAUGAGGGGAGGAGGAGGAGGGUGUAUGCAGGGAGUCUCUGUUUAUAGAUGUCCUGGCAGAGGAGGAGAAGAAGACCGUUUCAUCAGCUGUGCUGCAGAUCAGAGAGGAGCACGCUCAGUCGUCCCACCUCUGCCAUGUGAUUCUCAUUACUGAAACUUCUGGGGAAGGAUUCAACUGUGGAAGGCCUAAGUCAAGAGAAAUACAUGACGAAGCAAGGACAAGGAGACGGUGCCAGCAUCCCCCUCUCCUCCCCAACAGGGGGCACCAGUGUGCAGGUUUACCAUGACUACCAGAAGGUGGCUUUUAAGAUGUAUCCUGGGAAUGGCCAUGCCAUAGAGAACAGCUCCUACACCAGGAGAGACCAGGUCACCAACCACGAUGGCACAAGCAAGACGUCGUCUGUGCAGGACUUAAUCUCCAACAGUCCAGACCAGAGGUACAGCAUGAAAGAGCAGCACAGGAACUCCAUGUGGAUGACGGAUUCCAGCAGCCAGGCAUAUUCAGGGCCAGAAGACAACUCCACAGACCCACAUGAGACCCUAACAGAGACUUCAACCCUGACCUUUGUGGACAGCCACACCAUGGAGGAAUCAGGAGAGAACCAUAGCCUCCACGGGGUGGGGAUGGUUUACCUCAAGGAGUUUGUGCUGAUAGAUGACGAUGAUGAUGGAGAUAUGUCGUUAAGAGAGAAAACGGUGACAGAUUUGUCCGUCAUGGAUGGAAAAGCUGCUGAGCUGGUGUGUGGGAGGCUGUUGUCCACCUCCAGCGGUUCACUGUCAGAGUGUAAGGAUGAAUCUCCGGGUCCUGAGGUUCCUCCACCUGAAGAAAGCGAGCCUUCACCCAAAAAGCAGCCCUGCUGUUUCUGCAUCCUUUUAUGACCCAUCAGGAGGUGAAAGGUCACAGGUUUAAACCACGCAGCAUCGACUGUGUCCAAGAUCAGGACUGUGAAGCCU